GACACCGUGUAAGGGACGCGGCGACGGCGAUGUUCCUCCGCCGUCCUUAAGUGACGAAUCCUAUUUUGAUAAAAAGGCGCAGACCUACAAGUUCUGUAUCGGCAUUUUCUGCUUCGCGGAACGCGCGUUCCCAUCAUGCUGCGCUGCAAGAACAUUCGCUCGUGUUAUGACACAUUAACUCAGAAGAUGGACAUGUGUUGCAACCGUUUCUAUUCGAAGAAGUUAUUGAAACACAGAAUGGUGCCAUGUAACAAGGACAUAAGCAUACAUCUGGAUGGCUUCGAGGUCCCUUACAUCAUGGACUAUUUGAGCAGGAAGAUUCUUCUGAAGGCUGACACAAAAUUCCUCUUCCGCGAGUCCGGACGGCAGAGUCGACAGAAGCCAAUCAGAGAAUACUUCACCCAUAAGGGAGCGAUUCUCUCGGAAGACGCUGAGGACAUCCACGAGUACUGCGCUCUCUACAAACGUUGGAUGCGGACCCUAUCCGAUCCAUGGAUCCCGGUCGACAUUCAAAAAAUCAUCAUCAGACGAAUUCUGCAAGUUGGACCGGAACUUCGCUCCUUCCAUCUGAAGGGUAUGGCUGAGCUGCUUGUCAGCGGAGGCCUGACCCAGUCUUUAGUGUGUCUGAUACAUUGUAUUUUUUCCUCCAACAAAUUGUCCAUCUCCACGAAGAAAACGCGAUGAACGCUGAUGCUCUCGCCGGAAUUUUCACCAUCGUUCUCUUUAAGGAAGAAGUAGACACGACCUCUCACAACCAUACAUUCACGUCCCUCGAGCCAAUCCUCACCGGACUCGGUGUAUUCCUGGAAUACCUUUUCUCGGGCUUGGCGAAUUCCAUUCUGGAAGAGGCUUUGCAAGAUUCCGACCUCAACAAGAAGAAGAUCUCCAGAACGAGAUCGGGUAGUAGUAGCAGAACGGUCACCAGGACCCAGUCCGCACCGACACGAUCGAAUUCAAGACCCGUGACGACGGCGAAUGAGCCAAUUCUGCUCGAGUGGCGCACCGCGGCCUUCGACAGUCUAGCGGAAGAAUACGAUGAACUGCUUUAAUCACUUUCCUGCUUUGUGAUCUAGAUCUAGGGAAGCCACCUGUGAUCGACCGGAAGCAUUACUUAUCAUGAGGGGUCGAGUUCAUCUCCUCGGUAGUUUGUCUCUCGCUUGUUCGUCAGCGUUUUCUCUCUGGCCGACACCUCAACCGAGCCUGUAAGUCAAAACAGGCUCCGAAGACGGGGCGCUGCCUGAAAGUCACCACAGGUAUGGUGCGUCAUCUGUUUUUCGACGGAUGGGUCCCGC